AUGGCAGCAGAAGACAAGAGCCAGGAAUCACUCGAAGAGACGCCUUCUAUUGAGCUGGGUACCACGACUACCGUCGAUGGACUCCAGCGAGGACUAGGCAAUCGCCAGAUCCAGCUUAUCGCUGCUGGCGGUGCUAUUGGAACAAGCCUUUUUAUUACAAUCGGAGGUGCCCUGGCAAAAGGCGGCCCUGCUAGUCUCUUGAUUGCCUUUAUACUGUAUAGCGGUGUUCUAUCUCUCGUCAACAACUCGAUUGCUGAGAUGAGCACCUUCAUGCCAGUCCCAGGAGGCUUCAUCCGCCUUGCUGGCCACUGGGUUGACGACGCCCUGGGAUUCCUAGCGGGGUGGAACUUUUUCUUCUACCAGGCCUUUGCUAUUCCGUUUGAGAUUACGGCCAUUAAUAUGUCUAUGACCUUUUGGACGGACGAGGUGACGAAGCCGGGCCCUACGGCUGCUAUUUGCGCUGCCGUCGUUGUUUGCUACGCGGUUCUCAACGUCCUGGCCGUGCACGUAUACGGGGAAUCUGAGUUCUGGCUAUCAGGGGGGAAAAUAAUCCUGAUACUUCUUGUCUUCGCAUUUACCUUUGUCACUAUGGUGGGAGGCAACCCCCAGGGCGAUGCAUACGGCUUCCGAAAUUGGCAGAGCCCUGGAGCGUUCGCGGAAUUCUACACUACAGGGUCACUGGGUCGAUUCGAGGGUUUUCUGGCAUGUCUUUGGAGUGCCUCAUUCAUCGUGAUUGGGCCAGAAUAUAUCUCCAUCGUGGCAUCUGAGGCAAAGUACCCGAGUGUUUAUAUCAAGUCCGCAUUUAAAACAGUGUAUUUCAGGCUGUGUCUCUUUUUUAUACUCGGGGCGCUGGCCGUUGGAAUUGUCAUUCCCUAUAACCACCCGGUAUUGGUGGACAGUUACCUGGGAUCUGGAGGCAGUGGCACCGCAUCUGCAUCGCCCUAUGUUAUUGCCAUGACCGACCUUGGAAUUGGCGUACUGCCCCAUGUUGUCAAUGCCUUGAUCAUGACGUCCAUGCUGUCCGCAGGAAAUACGUAUACCUACUGCGCCACUCGGACCCUCCACGGUCUGGCGCUGGACGGCCACGCGCCUAAGCUUCUGCGCCGUUGUACUGAAAGCGGCGUUCCCAUAUACGCCUUUUGCGUGGUGAUGGUCUUCCCCCUGUUAUCCUUCCUCCAGGUAAACAGUGGCUCCGCACAGGUAAUCACCUGGCUCGUCAGCAUAAUCACAGGAGGGAUAAUGGUCAACUAUCUGAUCAUGUCGAGCACUUUUCUCCAGUACCACCGGGCAUGCAAAAUACAGGGGUUCGACCGGAAGUCAUUACCCUACUACGGCUACUUCCAGCCUUACGGUGCCUGGAUUUCAAUAUUUGUCCAGGGAAUUGUAUUCCUCUUCGCCGGAUACCGGUCUGUAUCGCCCUGCGACCCGACUGGGUUUGUUACUAGCUACCUAAUGCAGAUGGUAGCGCCGGUGCUGUUCUUCGGGUGGAAGUUCUUCAAGAGGACGAAAUGUGUCAAACCGCAGCAUGUCGAUCUUAUUUGGGAGAGGCCGUUGGUGGAUGCUUAUGAGAGUUCCUGCACUGAACCCCCGUCGACAUUUUGGAGGGAGAUGGGCCAGCUUGUAGGGUUGCGGAGACGUACCCUGUCUGAGGAGUAUAGCUGA